GAACACCUCCUCAGACAAGUCAAGUAUGGCACAGUAUAAUGACAGAUGGUCAUCACAAGCUUUUAUUUUGGGGAAUAAACAAACAAGUGAGAGGCAGGCUCUGAGCCUGGCAGUAUCUUGUCCCACUCAUGAACUCCACAAACUCCGGCCGUGACACCUGCACACACUUUGGAAGCAUUUUUAUGAACGAUCGACAGUCACUGAGAGACGGUUGCAGGCAGG